AUGGCAGCAUCACCCAUUACCACACUCAUCUUUGAUGUCGAUGAUACCCUCUAUGACGUCGGGAAUGGGUUUACUGUUCACCGCAACAAUAGCGCUCCCAGAAUGAUGGUGGAAAAAUACAAAUUUCCCUCAGAAGAGGCAGCCCAAAAAGUUAAGGCUGAAUACUUUUCCAAGUAUCAUUCAACUGCCAAGGCAUUGAAAGUGGCUCAAGAUGAAGGAAAAUUUCCAGAGGACGCACCUGAAGUCAAGACGGAAGACAUAGCCACUUUUUGGGCCGAAAAGUUGGACUAUACCAUGUUGGGGCCACCCAAGACGGCACUUCAUGAUGAACUUUCCAAGUGCAACUGUACACUGGUGGCCUUUUCCAAUGGGCCCCGCAAGUACGUCAAACGGGCCUUGGAAACGAUGGGACUCUUUGAUUUAUUCGGAGAAGAACGGUUGUAUGCGGUUGAUGAUGUCAUGCCUCAUUGCAAACCAGAAAAGGAAGCCUUCGAGAAGAUACUCAAGAACAUUGGAAAUCCCAAACCGGAAACUUGUGUAAUGGUCGAAGAUAGCAUGAAGAAUAUUAGAGGUGCCAAAGCAUUGGGAAUGAAGACUGUACUAAUACGAGGAAGCUCGGAAAAUGGGCGCAUCUUGAAGGACGAUAAACCGAACAGUGAAGACCCAGCAGUGGAUUGUAGCAUGGCGAGCAUUGAAGAGUUCUUUACCAUGCUACCUGGUCUAUUGGAUACCAAUCCAGUUUUUGAUCCCGUUGUUGCGGAUAAGUGA